AUGACUGGUCUGACCAUCACAGACCUGGAGGAUCUGUUAGAGGACAUUAAGGUCUACUUGGAGCUGGAGCAGGGAAAGAACACAGACUACUGGAGAGACAUCGUCACUGUGACUGAAGACGAGCUAAACAAGCUCCGCAAGCUGGAUGCUAGCACAAGAGAAUAUUUUGGUGACCGUCGCGAGGGCAUCAACACGGCAGUGACCAGCGAAGUCAGCAACAUCUUCAAGGGCAAGACGACGAACCAGCUGAAACUAUUGGAGCAGCAGAUCAGAGAGAAGCUCACUGGUGGAGAGGGUAUUGAUAUUGGUUACUGGGAGUCCCUGCUUCAGCAGCUGAAGGCACACAUGGCCCGGACGAGGCUUCGGGAACGUCAUCAGGAUGUCCUCAAGCAGAAGCUGAAUGCCCUCAAGAGAGAGCAAGGAAUUGACUCAGAUCCACUAUUUCCUGUGCUACAUGACGAUUCAAGGGGCAGUGCAUCUGGUCACUCCUCACCCGCUGUCCAUCGGUCAUCUCCUGGAGUCCAUAGGUCAUCUCCCGCACCAGGAGUCCAUCGGUCGUCUCCUGCAAUACAUCGAGCCUCACCCAUCCCCCAGAGGUCAUCCCCUGCCCCCCUGCCAGGAACCUCAUCCCAGCCUGACGAGCAGCCCAGUGUGAAGGAGGAGGAUCUGGCAGCAGAGAGGCAGGACAGUGAGGAAGAAGAUGAUGAUGGAGAAGACUCGGAGCCAUUGAUCACUGAAGCUGACCUGGAGGAGGAGGCUGUGGAUGACUACACUGCUGGCAGCUACAGCCCUAGGCUGCUGCGGAGCAACGAGCUGGACAUCGACGCUGUGGUGUACGAUCCAGUGGACGACCUCAAGAAACUGGACCUUGCUCGGGAUCAAGUGCGGACAACUGGCCGAGUUAGGCUUGACGGAGAGACAUUGUUUGAGAAGAAGGCCCGAGAGGGGAUGAAUGAUGAUGAGGCUCAGUUCAGUGUUGAAGUCACGUUAGAUAAGCAGGCUUUCUUGUGGUCCGACAAGUACAGGCCACGAAAACCAAGGUUCUUCAACAGAGUCCAUACGGGUUUUGAAUGGAACAAGUACAAUCAAACUCACUACGAUAUAGACAACCCACCGCCAAAGAUUGUGCAGGGUUACAAGUUCAAUAUAUUCUACCCCGAUCUGAUCGACAAGACAGCAACACCAGAAUACACUGUGACUCCAUGUGAUGACAACAAAGAUUUCGCCACACUUAGGUUUCAUGCUGGACCGCCCUAUGAGGACAUUGCCUUCAAGAUCGUCAAUCGUGAGUGGGAAUAUUCGUACAAGCGUGGAUUCCGAUGUCAGUUCCAAAACAACAUUUUCCAGCUGUGGUUCCACUUCAAGAGAUAUCGUUACCGGAGAUGAACAGUGACUACACAGUGUGACUUCACCACCACCAUCAUCAUCAUCAUUUGUACAUACGUCGCCUGUAGAUAUGACAAUUUUAUCCCUUGUAAAUAAACUCAAAAUUGUAA